UGAGCCAAGCCUUCACUGUAGUAGGAUUCGUAAAUCCAUUUUGGCGAUCUGUGGGGUGUUGUACUGCCGUUUUUUUACCAGCAGCGGACAGCAGCAAGCAGCAACAGUCUCUCCAGAGGUGGAUGUGGAUGUAUGUGGGAUUGAAUCCGGGCGAACUGGGCUGCCACUGUGGUAGAGAACAGCACAGAACUGAUCCAAUAGCGAAACAUGGCUACUGAGACGAUAUCAGCCUGCACCGGAUCCGACUUACUACAGCCAAUAAGCGAGAUAACCAACCUUCCGUUAGAUCAGGUGAACUUCGUAGUAUGUCAGCUCUGUGCCCUGCUCACGGCCGUGUGGUUCAGGCUCUAUCUGCACCCCAGCAAGACCAGUCCUUUUGUGCGGCAUGUGGUGGCCACAUUGCUGGGCAUCUACUUUGCCCUCUUCUGCUUUGGCUGGUAUGCUCUUCAUUUCCUGCUCCAGAGCGGCAUUACUUAUGGCAUAAUGAUUCUGACCGGAGUUGAGCACAUGCACAAAUAUUGUUUGGUGGUCGCCUUGGGUUAUCUAAGCUUCUGCCAAAUCACCCGGGUUUACGUCUUUGAUUACGGAAUGUACUCUGCAGAUUUCACAGGGCCGAUGAUGGUCAUCACACAGAAGAUAACCAGUGUGGCUUUUGAGAUCCAUGAUGGAAUGGCAAGGAAAGAAGAUCAACUAAACCAAGGUCAAAAACUGUUGGCCAUAAGACGGAUGCCCAGUUUAUUGGAGUACUUCAGUUACAACUGUAAUUUCAUGGGGAUUUUGGCUGGUCCCACCUGCUCCUAUAACGAUUACAUUGCCUUCAUCGAGGGCACCCCCUAUCGCCACAGAGACCUUGAGACCAAAGGAAAAGUCAAUGGGAAGAGCAGACUGAAUGACCCUUCACCAAAUACAGAGGUCAUCCGGAAACUGGCCACCUGCUUCAUCUCACUGCUGGUCUUCCUCUCCGUCUGCAAAGUCUGUCCUGUGGAGCGUAACGUUGAUGAUGAUUUUAUUGCCACCACACCCUUCUAUGCUCAGGUGGUCUACCUGUAUUUGUCCAUGCUGACCACCCGGCCUAAAUACUACUUUGUUUGGACUCUGGCUGAUGCCAUCAAUAACGCAGCAGGAUUUGGAUUUAAUGGCUAUGACAGUAAUGGUUUGCCUCGAUGGGAUCUCAUUUCCAACCUAAGGAUCAUGAAUAUAGAGCUUGCCACCAGCUUUAAGGUAUUCCUGGAUAACUGGAACAUUCAAACAGCACAUUGGCUUAAAAGGGUGUGUUAUGAACGUUGUCCCUACAACCCCACAGCUGCAACCUUCCUGCUGUCAGCCAUGUGGCAUGGGGCUUACCCGGGCUACUAUCUCACCUUCCUCACUGGCAUCGUCAUCACUCUCGCAGCCAGAGCUGUGAGGCACAAUGUAAGACCAUAUUUCUUGGGUUCACCAACUCUCAAGUUUGUGUAUGAUGUCAUCACAUGGGCAGCUACACAGAUUGCCAUUUGUUACACAGUGAUUCCCUUUGUUCUGCUUUCUGUUGGCCCCUCGCUCAAGUUCUACAGGUCAUGGUACUUCUGCAUCCACAUAGGCUGUAUACUGCUGGCCAUCGUGCUGCCUGUGAAACCACGCCACCUGAGGCUGAAAGAGCAACAGCCUGCCGUACAACCGAGCCUGGAGAGCAGAGACAGCAACAGCAACCAGAAACAAAAAGCCACAUGAGUCCUGAAACACCUUACCAAUCUUCUACACACACACAGACUGGGCAGAUGUACCUAUUCUCCAGCCUCUGUCUGGACUGACAGAGAAAAUCAUCUCUUGGCUCAGUAUAGUGGUACUGGGAUUGGACAGUGAUUUGAGCUGAUGGAAUCAGACUGGUAUAAGAGGAGUUUUAUUGCCAAGAAAACACUGUUGUAUAGAAUUAUGUGACCUUGCCUUUGUAAUUCAACCUGUCACAGCAAGUAUUAGUGUCCUCAUCUGGUGGUCUUAUAUUGGGCUGUAAAUAGGUUUUUUUUUUUUUUUUUUUUUUUUUGCAAGGGACAAGACCAAUACCACUUGCAAAAAGCUGGCAAUAUUAUAUUUGAAAGCAAAAUGUUUUAAUGUGGUAGGGGUAAAAAUAAAUAUAACCAAACUAACUAGAAAAUAAUAAAGUUAUUGGAAAAAAGAAGAUCAAAGGAUGGAGGAUGUUUUUGCAAAAGAAACUUAAAAUGUCAAAAAAUUUAAGACAAAAUUUUGAUUCCAAAACUGGGCUCUUGGUCCUUUGUCAUGUUAUGUUUGUUAUGGUCUGUCAUAGCUUCUCGUCCAUGUAGUCUUCACAUAAAACUUUGAAAGUUACGCAUAAUACAUUCCAAUUUAAAGACCAGAGAUUCUUUUCUCAUUAACAAAAGUAUUUUUCAGGAUGAUCCAAUCUAAACGGGGAAUUUUGGAAAGUAAUGAAAUGUUAGCGUAACAUCUGGCAAAAAACAAACAAAAAAAGGUUAGUACUGUUAACUGUGUGACUUUUGUGAGUCAGGCAGGUGGUGAUUCUGUAUGCAGAGUAAUGCACAUUUUGUAUGGCCUCAGUCACCUUCAGGGUUUAGCUUGCUUAAAGUUGGAAAUGAAGCUGAUGUUUGUGUUAAAGAUUGUAGAAGGAUAAAGAAAUUGUAGAGGAUGUCCACUGGAUUUGCUUGAAACAUUACGUUCUCUGUGUGGAUCUGGAGCAUUUGUUUUUUGCAAAUUAUGUGAUUAAAAAAAAGGUCUUUUUACUA